UUAUGGAACGUGAACAACAACGCAGAGAAACAGCGUUGGGCAGACAGACAAGAUCGCCUGCGCGAAGCCCGUCAGCAAGCAGAGGAGGAUGAGCUCCAAAGACAACAAGACCGCAGAGACGAGGAAGAAGCGGCACGGCUAGAGGAGAGAAAGAAGAAUAAAAACAAGUACGCACCCAUCAAGCGCGGAAAAGUUCCUUCGGACCCCACUAUCCUUCCAGCGCAGUAUGCGACUCGGAAACUCAAAGCAGGCGACUACUGUGAAUUACAUUAUUUCACUAACAAGGGCUUAGAUGAUGCCAGAGUAUCAACAUCCAUCGCCGAACCAGAAGCGCUGGUAAUGUUACCCGCUGCGGAUGGAAUCCAUUCCUGGGUCCCCGCAGCGGCGGUCAAAGACCCGAAAGCAGCACCUGUAGUCAAAGACGAGAAUCUUACCUGGGAAGAGUUCAAUGAAGCUGCACCGCGCAUGAUCCUUUCCAUGAAGAUGCACGACUGGCCGGAUGACCGGGUGGACAUGCAUGUUCAAUUCUGGACAGCGCUACAGUCUCAUCGCUGGCGCCAUACACCCGACCCCCUCAAACAAAGAGCAUUGUUACUAUACCAA